AUUCACACGGCUUGUAGCAGAUCUGAAUACGAUCAAAAAAAUGAUUUCGUUAGUUCGUUCCUUCACCAUCGUUCGUUCAACCCCUUCUUCUGUUUUAAUCACGAAUCAGUAGACAUAGUGGUUGGAAAUGUAGGUAGGGGUUGGAUUCUUCGUUGUGAGUAUCUGAUUUAAAAUAUGUAAAGUUGAAGGAGACAGUUAUUUACGGUUUCGGCUGAAGGAGCGGGAUGGGAGUUCGUGACGAGGCGCAUUCUGCCAAGUUCCUGAUGCCUCUUUGUGCCUCUCUUGCUCUCCGGCUCUCCGGUGUGCCAGAGAUUUCUGAGGGUCCUUAAUUUAGGGAAGCGGACAUUGUGGAGCGCUGGCAACAGCAACGAUCCUGCUUAACACGCUGCAAAAGAAGGAGCGUAAUUCUGCUCAUACCGGCUACGUUUACGAACGAAAGGUGUGGAUUAACGGCGUUUAGGCGUAACCAAGCCUGAACAAUCCGCCCGUUUCUCGCCUAUAAGAGUCGAAGUAAACUCGGUCAAGAUGGUGAGAGUCACGAGUGCUUUGUUUCCGAUGGAUUCGACGCUGUGCAUCAUCAAGCCUGAUGCCAUGCGUCUGGGCUACAAGCAGAAUAUCUGCCAUAUGAUUCACAUGUUCGGCUUCAAUGUCAUCGCCGAAGCUACUUUUAAGCUCACGCGUGUGCGGGCAGAGCAGUUCUAUCGAGCCCAUUCUCAGAUGCCAUACUUUGAGACACUUAUCCGCUUCAUGAUAAGCCGGUCGAUUCAUUGCAUGGUGUUGGUGAAAGAUAAUUGCUGUCGAGCAUUCCGUGCGCUGCUAGGUCCCAAAGACUCCAAUCGUGCACGCAGAGAAGCUCCUCAAACGAUCCGGGCAUUGUAUGGUACAGAUGGCCGGAUGAAUGCAGUUCAUGGCAGUGACACUGUAAAAGAAGCUGAAUGGGAAAUAAAAUUUUUCUUUCCAACAGUGAUAUUGGAGCCAUAUCCUUCUUCUCAAGACGCUGCCUCAUACUUUAAGGAGCAUGUACAACCCCUAUUGCUCAAAGGCUUGACGGCGCUUGCCAAGGCCAAGCCUGCUUCGGAACCCAAUGCUGCAGUUAGAUGGCUGGCCCACUGGUUACAUGAUCACAACCCAAGGCUGCCACUCGUUUGUAUCUGCGUAGAAAAACAAUUCGAAGCAUUGAAGGAGAUGCCUAUCAAGAAAUUUCCAUUCUAUUGAGUGUUUAGAAUGUACUGACUCCAUUUUCUGUACUACAUAGGGAUAUGCUUAUUAGCAGUGUUGGAGGUCGAUAAUCUAACUCUGAUCGGUACGUCUUCUAGGUGUCAGUUCUUCUGACCAAUCGCUGGUUUCAGGCGACAAUGCCUCUCGUGAAAACUGUUAUAAAUGGCCAACUAUAUUUAUAUGUUUCCUUCA